UCAAAAAUUCGACAACAAAACGAACUGUGUUGUUGCUUGUAGUGUAUUUUAGAUAAUUUUUGCAGAAAAUAAACAUGGAAAAGCCAGAGAAAAAAACGAGGAAAAGAAAAAUUGUAGAACUGAGUGAUACCGACAAACCAGCGCCUAAACGAAGGCUUGCUAUGAAAUUAGUGGAUUCAGGAGAGACAUCUGGUACCCAGUCCAAACCUAAAAAGAAUAUAGUCAAAAAGAGCGAAACAAAAAAGAGAACAGUUAAAAAGGAACCAAAAACCGAAUCCGAAAAUGAUUUGGAGAAUUGUAAUGCUGGGCAAGACACGCAAAAUGAUGAGUAUAAUAAUUACUUGAAUGAAGCAGACAUGCUAUCCUAUUUUGAAAAAAUACCGCCCUAUCUAGCUCGAAAGUUUAUUAGUCUACUGUCUGAUGGCUGCACAUUACCGUUUAUAGCCAGAUAUAGGAAGGAAGCCGUGGAUCAUUUGAUGCCUGAUAGACUUCAAGAGCUAUAUGAUAGCUACCAAAAUGUCAUCCAAUUAAAAAAAAAAGUUAAAUCUGUUCUGGAAACAUUGAAGAAAUCAAAUAAGUUGACACCAGAAAUUGAACAGAGUAUUUUAAAUGCAAAAAAUUUAUCAGAAGUGGAUUUAGUGUACAGUCCAUUAAAGUCUCACUCCUUAUCAUUGGCUGAGAGAGCCCGUAACUUAGGCUUAGAGCCUCAUGCAAUAAGUGCAUUGAACGGAGGUUAUGUGGACCUAAACAAACUAUGUGAUGGUACAGAUGAGCUGUCCAGCUUUGAUAAAGUUGAAACUCAUGUGACACAUAUUGUAGCAGAUAUUAUUUAUAAGGACACAAGAGUCCUUCAACAAAUGAGGACUUUAAAAGAAGAAACCAGAUUCAUUCUACAAAGUAGCAGAACAAAAAGUUCUACAAAAGAAAAAAAAGAGAGUGAUAAUAAAAAACCUGAUUCAAAAACAGAUCCAGAAACUUACAAGUUGUAUUUUGACUGGAAAUGUCCAGUUAACUUUGUGAAAUGUUAUCAGACAUUAGCUGUUAACAGGGGUGAAGAUGAAAAGAUACUUUCUGUGAAAGUUGUUAUACCUGAUUGGUUUUAUAAUAAACUUGAAAGGUAUUGCCUUACUCUUUGGAAAAGUGGUCACUGGGUACGUAAGGGUCUCGGUGACGCGUACAAUCGCCUCAUUAAACCCUGGCUGUCUAGAAAAGUCCGAUCCGACCUAACUAAUGCCGCUCAAAAGGAGGCAGUCAAAACAUUUACUGCUAACUUGGAGAAAUACUUGCUCACAGAACCAAUAAAGAAUAGAAAGAUAGCCGGCUUGGAUCCUGGAUUCAAAGCUGGGUGUAAGGUUGGUAUUAUAGACACUACUGGUGCAAAAUUAGAUGCCUGCAACAUUUAUCCAAACUUCCAUAACAAUAAUGAUCCUGCAGCUAGCCAAUUGAUUAAUCUACUAAUGAAACACAGGGUGGAACUCAUCGGCCUGGGCAACGGCACCGCGUGUCGACAAACUGAAACGUGGCUAAAGAAGCAUCACAUAUCAGACAACAUUCCAAUCAUUAUCGUACCUGAACAGGGCGCGUCCAUUUAUUCUAUUAGUAAAGAAGCUCAAAAGGAACAUCCAAAUAUGGAUCCUAAUUUAAUAUCAGCUUUAUCGAUUGCCAGAAGAGUAUUGGAUCCUCUGGGAGAACUCAUAAAGGUAGAUCCGAAAAAUUUAGGCGUAGGCCUUUAUCAACACGACAUUCCGCCAAAAAUGUUGGAAACCGCCCUUGAUGGUACUGUGGAAAAAGUUGUCAGUCUAGUGGGAGUCGACCUUAACACAGCAUCUCAGGCCAUGUUAAGGCGGAUAUCAGGACUAAACGAAGGCAGAGCCAAGAAGAUUAUAGCGUAUCGUCAAAACAAUGGUGGGUUUAAGUCCAGAGCGGAGAUAUUGAAAGUGCCGGGCAUAGGAAAGAUCACGUAUCAGCAAUGCGCCGGCUUCCUCAAAGUGUUGGGCGGCUCCGAGCCUCUGGAUACUACUAUUAUACAUCCGGAGAGCUAUGCUGUUGCUAAAUCCUUCGCCAAAAAGAUCGGCGUUAACAUAAAAGAGUUGACGCAACCACAUUUUCCUCAGCAAGUCGAAAUGAAAACGUCAAAUAUCGACAAUUUUUCUAUGAGCAAGAAUUUAGAUACUGAUGUCAGUACUGUAGAGCUAAUAAUAAACGCGUUCAAACAAAAAGCGUAUGAAGAUAACAUGAUUACCUUCUGUCGACCUGUCUACUCUAUGACGGUGCAAGCUAGCGAGCAGUUGGAAAAGGGAAUGUCAUUGACAGGUGUUGUACGGAACGUAGUCCCAUUCGGCUGUUUCGUCGAUUGCGGCGUGGGCGACAACGGCCUCAUACAUACAAGCAAUAUGGGCAACGCUAAUCUGAAGCUGGGCGAUCGGGUCGCCGUUACUAUCAUUACCACACCUAGACCAAAGAAACUACAAUUGAAACUGGACAAAAUACUUAACUGAUAUUGUUAUUGUGCUGUGAUUUUGACUAGUAAGUGUAAUUUUUUAUGAAAUUUUGUUGAUUUUAGUGAUAUUAAUUGAUAAGUUAUGGUUACCUUGACAAUAAAUGUGAUUGGAUAA